UUUAAGGAGGCCAUUUUCUUCUUUUGCUACGAACUGUUAUUGCUAUCGUUUGCAACAAUACUGACGCGAGUGAGUGGUGCUGUGAUCUGUAAGCCUGUAUACAAAAGCGUCGUUGCCGAAUGGUGAUACAGGCAAUACUGAGGGCAGAAGUAAAACUGUGCGUGUGAAUUUACACACUCCCAUUGCACCGAUUUUCAUAUGGCUAAUAUCGAAAUUUCUCUUGCUGUUUUGGAAGAGAAAAUGUGCAGAAUUUUGAAGUUGCAGCAUGAAAAAUUGAACAUUUAUAAGUUAUACUUAAGAGGACCUUCACGGUUACUGCAGACAGAUUCUUUACAGCCUUUGUUAAAUAUCAUAAAUUCUUCCCCGUCCAAGUAGGAAUUGAGCCUCAGUUUAGGUUACGUUUUCGGGAUAGUCUGCAAACGCAGUAAGUAAUUAUACAUGUAAAUAUAUCGGCGGUUAUUUAAAUUAUAUUAAUGCGGACUGUUAAUUUUACAUAUUAUGAAAUUUCACAACAACUGCUUCCUGUAAGACACUAUUGUAGUGAACAGACUGUGACAUGCGCUGUGUUCAUCAGAAUGAAAGCAAACACAGAGAAAGAGAAUAGGGUGUAAAUACUGUAGCAUCAACAAGUGCAUAAAAUUCUUACGAGUGUCGAACUUCAAAACAAAAUUGUUCUGUCGGUAGUAUGGGCGUCAGUAUCCAACAGUGGAGGGCCACGAUUGGCCAGUGGAAUCAUGGAAGACCAAGGAAGUGCCUAACAGUAGCAAUUGCCAUUGCUAGGAAACGACAGCAAGACAUUCAUAUGUGGUUCAGACUUUUAGUACUAGUUUCUCUACUUAUCAUCGGCUGCGUUGAACUGAACCCAGGCCCUAACAAUGAAAAGGAAAACUCUGCUAUGCCUCAAAAUGGCGCAGCUCUUCCCAAAUACAAAAGACGAGCAGGCACCGUUAGCCUACACGGAGAACUGUAUGGGCCCAGGGUCGCUUCGUAUCUCUUCGCGAGAGGCCUCAACAGGACAAAGGAAUUUUACUUGGCAUCAAACAUAGAUGGCGCAGCGGGAGUUUUUGAUGACUUGGUAUUUAGGUACAAGCCGGAAGAAGAGGAUAUUUGGAAGACAUGUUUCAUACAACUUAAACAUAAGAGUAGAGACUACACAGUUCCACGUACCAGCCUGAAACAGCUGUCUGGAGAUUUCAGUUUGUUCAAAUAUUUUGAAUCCUAUUGUGAUAUUAAAAGGCAUGUUUGUACAGACCGUAAUCUAAAACUCUGCGGUGCAUUUGUUGAAUUUGAAUUUGUAAUAUAUACCAAUGCAAGGUUAGAAAGUAAUUCUGUAGUAAAGUUAGAUGAUAAAAAUCCAGUGAGCAUAUUGUGUUCAGGGCCAAACUGUGGUGACUAUACAACUUUUGACGAGAAUCACGACAAAGAUAUUUUCGAAUUUUUUCAAGAACUGUCACAAUAUUAUCAGUUCAUUUCAGAAUUGAGCGAUCUACUGAAGAGGGAAGCGUGUGAGGACAAAGACAUGUUGAGUAGGAUAGAGAAAUUUCGGAACUCUGUCACCAGCGCAGAGAUAUCAGGAAAACUGAACAAUUUGAAAUCUGAUCCGAGAGUCUUAGAGAAGUUUAUGAAGGAAUUAGAUAAAUGCGAUUUUUCAUUAUGCACAGAAUUCUUGCGGAAGGUGAAAAUAUUCCAUUGCCAAUCAAAUGAAAAAUCUCUCGAGACCUUAAUUAAAGAAGAACUACGGGAAGCUUGUCAAACAUCAGAUCAAUGCAAGAAUUCCAUCUACAAAAUAUUUCAAGAAUUUUUGAUGCAAUGGUGGGAAAGAAAGGGAAAUACCGAGUGGCUGAGCAAGCGUUCACGUGUCUGGCAAAGUGUGAAAGAGAACAUAAUUAAGAAAAUAAAGCUAGAAGCGAAAGCUGAACUUGAAGAAACUCAAGGAUACGGCAUACGUUUUAAUAAACAGCAUAUAAAGCGAUUGGCUGACACCAUAAAACACAGCAGUUUCUUGAACAUAAUCACCGAUACAAAUGUUGGUUCCAUAUCCAAAUUGCAAAUUUAUGAGGCUCUCAAUUCCAUUUGCUGCAAAAACUCAUUAUUUGUUUCUUUGAAAUCGUUGUUGAAACGACGUAAGGAAAUUCUAAAUAUUUGGCCAUGCAAAUGGAGUACUGUACUGGUCAUUGACUGUACACGAGGCUCUGACAGAGUUGACGUGAAUGUCACCAAUAUUCUUCUGGACUAUUUGCGAAAACCCCAUAAACAACUGAUCUUGAUUUCGCAACGUAAGAAUCAGAAUUUCGCUUCACAUCUUCAUCAGAAUUUAGGACAUAUUUGCAAGUAUGACGAAUAUUCAGAUGACUGCAACCUUUUAGAUUUGGAUGAUGAAUCGCAAGAACAAAUUUUGGAAAAAACUGUUAAUUUUCAAGGAAAAGAACUCUCAUUGAAGGAACUGAUAGGCAACGAUCCUCAUGAAAAUGUAAAACGUAAUAUAGACUCACAUGUUAUGUCCCUCCUGUUGAGUAGUGACAAGAAAUAUAAUAUUGGUAAAAAUUUGGGCGAGCCUUCAGAUUUCUAUGUCCCACGUUCAUUGGACCAUCGAAUAUAUCUGAAUGAACAUAUUAUGAGAACGAUAGACAAUGCCAACACGUUUGUUGUCACUGGUGUAGAGGCGCACCAACUGAGAAAUUACCUACCUGCAGGAGAGAAGAUAUGCAAAUUUAAAUUUCAUAGUAGGAAAAAUUGUAGCUGUUUCAAAGUUGUUAAUGGUUUCACUACAUCUGACUUUAACGCUAAAUUAGGCGAUGAGAAAAAACGUCAUAAUAUGUGGCAGUCAAGUAAACCAGAGAACGUUAGGUUCAUUAUUCUUGGGGAAAAACAUCCAGAAAUUGACUUCAGUGUAUUGAAAGAUUUGUACAGCAAAGUGCAUUGGGUUCAGAUGAAGGACGGUUCCUUCUUAUGGAGAGAGUCCAACUGUGACAUUGGGGACAUCCGGAAGUAUAUUGACAAGACAAAAUAUGAAUCGUAUAGCUCCAGAAAUAUAAUGGAACAUAGAGAUAAUGUCUUGCUGCUGGCAGCAGAACCAGGAAUGGGAAAAUCCACAUUUCUCUCCUUCAUGGAGCAUGAGUUGAAAAAAAUUAACCCAUCAAUAUGGGUACUAAGAUUGAAUCUUCAUGAACACACGUGUGCAUUGGAAGAUAUUGAAUUUGAAAAGGAAUGCAUCGACAAGUGCGAGAACUUCCUAUGGAAUGCUGCCCACUCACCUGAACAGGAUGGUUUGAAGUUUGCUGAAACGAUAUUCCGACAAGCACUGGAGCAGACAGGGAAUAUGGUAGUAAUACUAGAUGCUUUCGAUGAAAUCAGCCCAGAUUACAGUUGUAAGGUCGAGAAGUUAAUCAAGGAAAUAAGAGAGAGAAUGAAAUCAAAGGUUUGGGUUUCAUCUCGUUUCUCAUACCGUGUGAAGUUGGAGGAUAUCAUGACGAGAUUUGCUUUUACAUUACGACCCUUUACCCAAAAAAAUCAGAUCAGUUUCUUGGAACAGUACUGGAGCAGAAAAAUCAAGAGACCGAAUUCGACCAGCCUACGGGAUUUCGCACAAAAGUUAAUCAGAUUGUCUUCGAGAAAUUUCAGUGAUAAAGAUGGGCAGUUUACCGGUAUUCCUUUGCAAACAAUGAUGUUGGGAGAGGCUUUCACGAAAGAAGCUGAAAAUUACUGCUCAAGUGGGAAGGUUAAAAUGCCAGACAAUUUUAAUUUGCUUGCCUUAUUUAAAAAUUUUACGGAGAAGAAAUGUGAUAUAUACUUCAAGGAGAAAAAUUUAAUGGAUUGCUCAAAACCCAAAGCAAGAAGAGACAAAGAGCUCUACAUAAAUAAACACAAGAUUUCAGCCUUAAUGUCAUUGUUUUCCUCGGAUGAACUGAACCGACUGCUGAAGCCAGGAAAUGCCCACGAUUUGCAAAGCACUUCGGAGUUCCUGAAGAGUGGAGAUGCACAGCGGAUUGGAAUAAUAACCGAGUUUAUGGACAGCAAACCGAGGUUCAUUCAUCGCUGUUUCGCGGAAUAUUUUGCUGCCAGUUGGUUCGCUGAAAGUUAUGCAAGCCAUAAAAGCUUCAUUUUAAACCAUCUUUUCAACUCUCCAUUCGAGGUAGUACGGAAUAUUUUCGAUCGAAUUCUUGCUGAAGACAUGCCUCUGCACGUUGCUGUUUUGAACAAUGACAUAGAAGCUGUUGAUCAGUUGCUGAAGAAGGAAACAGAUGUACACUGUGCAGACAAGGGUGGUAGAACAGCUUUACAUCUGGCAGCCACCUACAACCGUGCAGUCACGCAAACAUUAUUAUCAGUCCCAGGGGCUGACGUCAACGCAACGGAUAGAGUUCUGAAAUGGACACCGUUGAGGUAUGCUGACAGAACGAGAUCGUGGAUGGCUAUGGAUAUCUUGUUACAGGCUGGUGGAAAAGCCGAAGACGCUGUAUUUACUAGCAAAAACGUUAACGACGAGGAGUGGGGACAGGCGGCGCUGUGGCAAUGUGCGCAGAAGGGAUACAAGAAGUUACUGGAGUUCAUGAUGGACUCUGGCACUGAUGUCAAUACCGCUGUACGAGUUCGUGGAAAUCUCCGACAGAGAAACACACUCCUCCAUAUAGCAUCACGUUACGGUCAAGUGGAAAUUGUAAGAUUUCUGCUAGAAAGGAGCGCUGACAAUACGUAUUGCGUCGAAAACAACACGGCUAUGCACUUCGUAGCAUUCACGAAUGGCGUCGGUAUUAACACCUUACUGCCAGAUAGAGCGGCGUCUGCCAACGCGACAAAGACUUUGACCAAAAGAAGAGCUGCUUUAGACAAAACAAAUGGAGAAGGCGAAACUCCGUUAAUGCUGGCUGCUUACAGUGGCUGGUUAGAAAUAGUCAGUUUACUUACGCACAAAGGUUCGGACAUAAAUUUAUGUGUGGCUCACAAAUCUGCUUUGCUGUCAGCAAUUGAAGGGGGACAUUUGGAUAUAAUAAGUUUUUUACUGGAAAACGGUGCUGAUGUUAAUGCCAGAUAUACUGCCUUGGGACUUACUGCAUUACAAUUUGCAACGUUGAGGCAGAAAUUGCCAGUAGUGAAAUACUUAAUUGAAAGAGGUGCCGAUGUAAAUCUCUGCUCACGUAGUGAACUGAGGAGGUCAGCUUUACACUUUGCAGUGACGGUUGGUAAUUUGGAAAUUGUGGACUGCUUACUGCAGGCCGGUGCUGAUUUGAACGUCCGCGACGACAUGGGACAAUCUCCCCUCUGCCUCGCUCUUGGUUUCAGUAAAACUGAAAUAGCCAUUCGUUUGAUCAGAGGAGGCGCAAAUGUAAAUAUACCUGAUUUUAAUCAGCUCACGCCUCUACAUUAUGCUGUAGUUCGAGACAAUUUAGAAUGCACAAAAUUCCUGAUACAAUUUGGUGCUAAUGUAAAUUACCAGGGACCUGCAAAUACCACUGCACUUUUAUGUGCUACUAACCUGGAAAGGAUAAGCAUAAUUAACGUUCUGGUCGAAAACUAUGCCGAUAUUAACCUUCGGGAUGACUCGGGACACACUGCAUUGCAUGUGGCUGUUGAUAAUGGCAAUCUGAGUCUUGUACAUUAUUUGCUAGACAGGGGCGCUGAUAUUAAUAUCCCGAAUAACACAGGGGAAACCCCGCUACACUGGAUGCUUCAAAACGGUUGGGAUAUUCUGGUCUGGCACUUACUUGCGUACACAGGUAACAGACUGUUCUUCGAAUAUGUAAGCGAACAAUUCAAACUUUUCUGUACAUAGAACAUACGAGUAUACCUAAUUGUCACUAAAGGCCAGAGUUAAAAAAUAAGGUGAAGCUGUCCCUGUGCUUAAUCAAACACAAUGUUAUAAAGACGUAUGGGGGAGUGAAAGUAUACCUCCACCUUUCGUUAUACGGACUGAGCUGUCCAGACGAGAGAGGCAGAGCUAUUUAACUUAUUUAAUUUUAUCAGAGGCAGUCUUGAAGGGCCAACUUCUUGUCGAGUUCGUACGAUGUUGGUGUGCGAUUGUCACCUUUUUAUAUAAAUGCUACGUCUACGAUAUGUUGCGACCUUGUAAGUUCAUCUUGAGGUACAUAACUUUACGUAAUUGCUCUACUGUAUUGUAUUUCCUAGUUCUAAAACGUGAUUAAAACUAGUUCGAAUUAUUGUUUAAUUUUGUUAAAAAAUAAUCAAACAUACACCUUUUUGAAGUGAUAAUCAGUUGCCGAUAAAAUGAAAUCAACAAAUUCAGUUUUUGAGGUUGUUUCGGGGCUGCUGUAACAUGAGAUUCACUUCCUUGCAACGUAACUUUACGUACGCCAAGUCGACCCAUGUACCCUUUUGAAGCAUUCGCGAUAUUGGAUCAAGAGCCAAUUGGGAGUAAACGAUGGCAGUGUUCCUGCAUAUUUGAAAUAACAACUUCACUUCAUACUUACGCCACGAACUUUAAAAAUAAGUGUCUGGAUGUCGGCUAAGGUGUACACUGCACUGCACACCGAAAUAUUAAAGUUCAUUUGCUCUCAUUUCCACGCCCUAUAAUAGUACUGCAUUUUGUUUCCGUGGAAACAACAUAACGACAUAUAUUGCAUAUUUAAAAUAUAUAUUGUAUUAUUGAUUGCACGUAUUAUAUAACUAAUAUAAUGUGUUAUUUCAUGUUAUUUUUUUUUCAACUGCGUCACUAAAUGCGGAGUAAGGACAGGAAUUUCUAUAUAUUUUCUUUGUUCUCAU